AUGAAGACUUUGGCCACUAGUUUCAUCCUUGGGAACCUGGUGUUGGCCUUCUAUCUACCUUUGGUGGUGACUUUACCUAAAACACUGGCCAUUCCUGAGAAACUGCAAGAAGCUGUGGGGAAAGUUAUUGUCAAUGCCACAACCUGUUCUGUCACCUGUGGCCUUGGCUAUAAGGAGGAGACCGUCUGUGAGGUGGGCCCUGAUGGAGUGAGAAGGAAGUGUAAGUCUCAGCGCUUGGAAUGUCUGACCAACUGGAUCUGUGGAAUGCUCCAUUUCACUGUUCUCAUAGGGCAGGAAUUUAAGCUGAGCUGUCUGAGUUCAGACAUCCUGGAGAUUGGACAGGAAGCUUUCCGAUUCACCUGGAGACUUGCUCGGGGUAUCAUCUCAACUGAUGAUGAAGUCUUCAAACCCUUCCGAGCCAGUUCCCACUUUAUAAAGUUUCAUUCCGCUCAGGAGUAUGACUCUGGGACCUACCGGUGUGAUGUGCAGCUGUUAAAAAACUUGAGACUUGUCAAGAGGCUCUAUUUUGGGCUGAGGGUCCUUCCUCCUAACUUGGUGAACCUGAAUUUCCAUCAGUCCCUUACUGAGGAUCAGAAGUUAGUAGAUGAGGGCCUGGAAGUGAAUCUGGACAACUAUUCCAGACCUCAGCGCCCACCGUGGAAAAAGAAGGUGACCGUAGCUGUGGGAAUAGGAAUUGCCAGCGGUGUGUUGGUGAGCAUCGCCCUGUGCGGUGGGCUGAGGGUGAUCCACAGCAGUGCCAGCCUUGAGACCUUACAAACCUUGCUGCCGAAGGGCUGGCUGCUCAGGAAGCCAAACUAGCUUUUCA